AUGCCUGCAAUGACUGGGAUGCCCUCGAUUGCCGACAUGCCCGGUAUGCCUGCGGGUAUGGACCUGAGCUGCAAGAUCUCGAUGCUGUGGAACUGGGAUACUAUCGACACCUGCUUCCUCGCCAAAUCCUGGCACGUCAGAUCCCACGGUGCGUUCGCCGGAUCCUGUAUCGGCGUCAUUUGCCUCGUCCUUGUCCUAGAGCUGUUGCGCCGUUUGGGAAGAGAAUACGAUGCACUCAUUCUCCGUCGCGCUCGUCUCAACAGGAUGUACAUGCCCGGCUCUUCUGCUACCUCGGAUCAGGUCAAGGUGAACAAGAGAAGCUACCGAAGCAUCAGCACCGAUGACGAUGCCUCCAAGACCAGCAGUUCUGACGCCAUCUGCAAGACUCACCUCCAGAAUGAUCGUAUCACCGCUGCCCCGGUCUCUUCCUUGAGCCUCGAUAGAGACUCUGCUAGUACGCCCAUCUCGGAUAGGCCACUUGCUGAGGAUCCAGGUAUCACGGAGUCCUAUCGUCCUUGCGUCAUGGAGCCCUACCGUCCCUCGGCCGUGGAGCAGGUCGUUCGCGCCUUCAUGCACAUGCUUCAAUUCGCCGUGGCUUACUUCAUCAUGCUACUUGCUAUGUACUUCAAUGGGUACAUUAUUAUCUGCAUCUUCAUCGGCGCCUUCCUGGGUUCGCUGAUCUUCUCCUGGGAGCCCGUGUCUCUGAACAAGGAGAACGACGCUACCACCGUUACCAAGUGCUGUGGCUAA